ACUCGAUUGUGACGUUUAGUACGUGAGACAUUUCUUCUAAGUCACAGAGAAAAACGGACUUUCUUUCCCUUUUCUAGACGUAUGACAAAUUCUAAAGAGAUGAUAACAAGUUGGAAUGCAAAGGAGUUAGCUGCUGCCGCAAAUUGGUUAGAAAAUAUGUCUCUAGAUUGGAUUGUUUUAAUGACGGUUGAAAUGCCUUGCUUGGGUGGAUAAAUAUUUCACAGCCCUUUGUUUUCACUACUGAACCAUUACCUACUAUGUAGUUAGAGAUAGAUCUGGCCAUGUUUCUGGUGAUGUUUUUUGCCCAUCAUUCGCAUCUUCGGUUUAGUACUUGAGCUUACGAAAGUCUUCCUUCCUCUGGUGAUUAGUCCUUUCAAAAAAUGAUAAUUUGCAUUUUGCCUAGACAUCUUUAAAUUAUAAGUGACAACCAUCUUUAUUUCCGUCGUUUCAAGGUUAUGACAAUAAACAAAACGAUUCCGUGAGUGUUCAAUGCAGACAACAUGAUUUGGAAUGUAGUAUCUUGAACACUGAAAUGUUCCUUUUUUGUUAAAAACCCCUUUGAAACAAUCUCAGUGAUAAUUCACUCAACGGGUUUUGUCGGAAUGAGAUGAAUUAUAUUUGUUGCGGAUUUAGUUGGAGUACUUUUUUAGCGGAUAGAUAUCAAGGAAUAAGUCUUGAUACACAAUAUGAAAGAAGUACUCUGAACCCAAAUCAGCCUCAACUUGUUUGGAUAAUAAUAUCUUUGUGCCAAGCAAUCCUUCCAGUUUUGACAGCUUAGUAAAAGGUGAUAAAUAGAUAUUGAGAGAACAUUUUACCUCCUAAAGAAACUGUGCAGUCUGCUAUUUUGAUAGUCUUUAUGGACAUUUGUAGGACUGGUUUGUAAGAGAUUGUGUUUUUUUGAAGGAUAUUGUGAAGUAAAGCAGUUGAUUAUUUCUCAGGGGCUUUUGUUUUGGGUGAGGGUUGAGGAAUGACCUUUCUCUAUUUAAGUAUUCAGCUACCUUCUGAAAAUGCUCUUUGAAGUUUCUCCUUCACAAUUACUUAUUGAAAUUCCAAGGAUGUGAUCAUGAGUUGUGUACAGAGAUGACAUAUACAUACACAGACUUCAUUGAGCAUUUCUGGAGGGUUUUUCAGCAUCAAUAUUGAAAUACAGAAAAUAGUUAAAUAACAGAAAAAUAUCAUGCGCCCAAACUUAUUUAAAUGUUUCUUCAAGACUUUUGUGUCUUUUAUUUGGUUCCAGUUCUUGUUCAGGCUGUUCCAUAUUUUUACACUACAAUAAUAAAAGGCACACUGAGUGGCAGCAAUUCUGCAAGAUUCUUGUCUGUCUGUUAUGAAUGAUAGAUUAUGUUCAAAAUUUGUUUCACAAUUAGCAAGGUGACAGACCAUUGAGACAUUUGUGCCACAUCUCCUACCCCUAGGAGUAUUCCUAGAUGGAACUAAACAAUAAAUGAACCUGCACUAACUAUAACUCACUUUUUUCAGGUCUAGACAAUAUCAACCUGCAACACAUGGUAACAGUCAUGAAAAUCAUGAGAAUACUGAGUCAAGUGAGGUAUUGAAACAGUCAGAGACACCAGAAUGGGAAAAAGCAAGGCAAGCAUUAGCCAAAAUGAACCCACAGAUUUCUAAGUCACCUGUAAAGUCUUCAACCAAAGCUAGCAAUAGCAACCCUAGCGGUAUGACUUCCACCAUCCAGCAGCAACCAAUGAUGUACCAACAGUACUAUCAACAAUAUUAUCCACCAUGGAAUGGUUAUAACUAUCAGUAUCCUUAUACAGGUUAUAUACCACCUUAUUCUAUGCCUCCUUCACAGCCAAAUGUACCUCCACCUCUAGUAAGUGUUUUUGUUCAUGUUUGUUUGUCUUUUGCAGUGGUAACAAAAGUGAUAAAAGGCUUUUUUAUAUAUUUGACAAGCCAAAUUUGGACAUAAAUUUAAUCCUCCCCCCCAAAAAAACUGUAAGGCCAUUUUUCUGAGUGGCUAUUUCUCUUCGUUGUUAGUUACACAUGUGUCAAUUUAGCAUUUUACUUGCUUUAACACCCAUGGUAGAAUGACAUUAUAAUCAAUUUUUUUUCUAAAUGAGCAUAGUGUGGUUGUAUACAUGUAUAUAUAUGUAAACACUAUUUGAUAUUGUAUGCCUCUCUCUUUUAGCCCUAUCAACCAUCACCUCCUUCAGUACCUUCAUCAACAGCAAGCAGCAUAAACUCAACUGAGAACAUAAAUACCACACCAACUGAACAAACAAGUGACCAGAACACCUUACAUGAGCACACGAAACUCAGUACUUAUCAGCCAAGGCAGCAUUGGCAAACCAGAAAUCAGCAGCAUGCUCCAUAUUCACCUCAAAAUGAAAAGGUGAACUAUAAAAUUUAUGUUACCUAUUCCAUGUACUUUUUCCAGUGAAAAGGUGUCCAGGUACCAAACAGGGAGUAAAUUUUUUUUUUCUUUGACAUUGCUUACUUUACUCAGUAAUGCUGUGACUUAUUAGAGAACCCAAUAAAGCAAGAUUGCUCCUUGUGGUAUUCCAUUUAAAAUUGUGCCUUUUUGGAUGUUAAUUUCUGUUUUCAGCCAUAUCAUUUAUGUUUUUUUGUAUCAUGAUGUUCUACAGUUGUGUAUUUGUCCUCACUUUAAGGUCAUUUUCAUUUUAUCUUUAAAACAGUCUUUACUCUAAAACCUCUUUAGAAUACAAUUUUCAUGGAUUUCAAUAUAAAUUUUGAUAUUUAGGAGGAAAAUAACAGAGAACAAGAAAGCAGGCAUACUUUUGUACCUCGGCAGCAACGUAGUUCCUAUGCUGAUGCUUUAAAGCACCAAAAUGAUGAAAACAGCAGCAGAGAGCAAGGAAGCAGGCAUACUUUCAUACCACCACAGCAAAGAACGUCCUAUGCUGAUGCUUUGAAGAAUCAAAAUGAUGAAAACAGCAACAAUAAUAAACAAUCAUUUUGGAAACAAUCUAAUCAGUCAAAGUGGAACCCAGGCUAGUAAACUCCAUAGCUUUUAAAGAGUUAUCCCUGAUUGUCUGACAAAACCACUCUUUCAUUUUAAACUGAAGGAUACACACACACACACAUACAUAAGUAAACCUCAGCUGAUCAAAACAAGUGAAAACUCUUACAGUGGUUGUCAUUAGACAUUUUAUUUGAAACAACAUAUAGAUAGGAUAACUCUUAUUGCAAAUAACUUCUUGCCUUCCCACCAGAAAUUGCCAACUGCAUUUGUAUAUUAGGGGGAGAGUGCUUGGCAUAACUUUUCAGUAUCAUUUUCUUUACUUGGACUGUGAUAGAAUUUUAGUGUGGGUUAUAUGUCUCUAGAGAGUCCCAGAAAUUGAUCAAACUUUAGAAUCCUGACAACAACGGAGCAGGAAGUGCUGAGUUGAAUGAUUGUUCUCUUGAUCUUUUUUCACUCAGCACUUUACAAAAAUUUUGUAAAAGGUCAUGAAAAGUAAAGGAAUUUCGUAUUCUCAAAAAGAACUAAUCCUGAAAAUGUUUGAUUAUGCCAUUUCAACUGUUGACAUUCAAGUACUGAACUUCAUUAGGUUGCUAUUUGUUAGUUACAAACUACAAGUAUCCAUUUUGCAAAGGUUAUGUUGUUUUUAUCAUUUUAACCCACAGGUGGAAAUUUGAAUAAUAAUAGUUUUUCGUCACCAAAUGCAAAGAAAUUUAGACCAUCUUUUGAGAGAAGGGACAGUCUUUCACAAGAUGAACGUUCAACACCUUUGCAGACAGAGCCUCCAAAAAAAAGAAGCCCUAAUAGGAAGCAGCAACAGCCGCAACACCAAGAGCAACAGCACAUGAGAAAACCAGAGAGACAAAAAUCCCCACCCAAAGAGGAUACCAGGUUAGUUAUGCUUGUACUUCACCAAUACUUUCAUGUAAAAUGUGUAACAGGAUACCUUGGGUUGCCCCUUGUAAAUGUGUACUUUUACUUUUGUAGAGAUGAACCCUCACUGUCAGCUCAAGAGUGGCCACCAAGUUUGAGGUAUGUUUCUGUUAACAUGAACCUUUGAUAUUUUUGUAUUCUCUUGUAUUGUUCUUAGGGGACCUUUAGAAGAAGUGGAAUCAGGAGUGGUGGCUUGCCAUAUUCAGACUCUAUCGAUUUUCUGCCACUCUGCUAUUGUCAACAUACUAACAUUAUCAGUGGAGUGAGGUGCAAAAAAUGUUUGAUGUCUGGGUUUUGAUUGUAAAAUAAGGUUGUUGUCAGUGGUAACCUUCCAUGUUUCCAAUAGUUCAUAAACAACUCCCAAGAGCCACGCAACCAACUUUAAAAUGUGAAAGCUUGCCCAAAGAGGGAAAUGACACUUCACUGGAAACUGAGCCAGUUACUAUGAGAACAUCACAUUCUAACCUUAAAACAUGGUGGUCAAACUUCUGUCACACCUCACUCCAAGUUUUGCAUACGCUAUUUGUUGUCUGUCAUAUUAGUAGAAAGCCAAGAGGUACAGGAAUCAAUAUUUGCUAAUUUAUUGGCUAGAAGUCAUUUUUUUGCUUUCCUAUUCUCUGAUGAGUGCCUCACCGAAAUUCAAUCAAACUUUAGGAUAGUCUCAAAAUCUCAAUGGAAUUAUAAAGUUCUUUGUUAUUUCAAAAUAGGGAAUAUGUGCAGAGAGCAUUUGAGAAGUGUGAAACAGAAUCUGAUAAAGAUCAAACAGAACAGUUCCUGAAGAAUAUGCUGACUUCACACUUCAGAGAUGGCACAGCUUGGGUAGUUGACUGGGACAAAGAACCUUUGCCAAGGUUAGAAAUGUGUUUUAAAGAGACUCUUAGGAGCCUCUGACUGUGAAUAUUGAGAAUCUGUCUACAGAUGCAAAAUUCUGUAGUGCAUUCCAUUUUUCCUGAAGGGCUUUUUAUCAAAUAGUUCUGUCACACUGUGUUUUCUCCGAAAAUGGAAAAGUUCAAAGUAUACAAAGAUGGCUGUUGUCUCCCUUGUCCCCCAGGUCAAUAAAAAUUAUGCAACAUCAGCAACUUCAUAGAAAAGAAAAUUUGAUGAAUUAAACUACAAUGCAAGCUUUAAAAUGGCAUACAUAUAUAUGUAUUGAUUUCUAAAUGUAAAUACCAGAAUUUUUCAUAGGCCUUGAAAUAGGUGAGGCAACUGUUCAUUGGUUGGCAUUGCAUUUUUGUUAUUAGCCCAAACUCUUUUCAACCUGGACAUGUGGCUGAGGUGGGCUGAAAUAGAAUAUUGGAGGAAUUAAACCACAAGGAUAAGUCCUGAAGAUGAUGUAUAUUAUGAUUUGUAAAUAUACAUGGCAGACCUUGUUAUAGGCCUAUAAAGUUGACCUUUAUUUUACUUGUGCAAAAAGACACAAAGUAUAUUAUUUCAGUGGGUCAUAAUUCAGACUUAAAAUUAACAACAUGAAAAGAAAAUUUAUAUUUUCAAAAAGAUAAAAGGACCAUUUGCUAGCACAUAAAAAUUUCAAAGCAGGAAUGCAUCCUGUUGUGGCAUAGGAAGGUGCUAAAAUUGCAUAAUUUUUCAUUGUUUAACAGGGAAACAACAGCCAUCAAGGUGUACUUUGAACUUUUUUAUUUUUCUUGGAAAGCAAAGCUCAACAGUAUGUUUUGAUAUAAUUCUUGAAAAAGGCUCAUCAAAAGGGUCCUUUAGGAAAAAUAAGAUGAAUUAAGAGAUUUUGCAACUGUUGGCAGAUUCUAGAUAUUUACAGUCAGUGGCUCUUAACUUUUUGUUGUUUUUAUUCCCUCGAUUAAAAUAACUAGUGUACAUACUUGUUUGGUUUUUAUUUUUUACUCUCUAAGUUCCAAUUUAAAUGUUUCCUUUCUGAAGGCAAUCAGAUAAUAUUAUUACUUAGUUUUCCUGAGAAAAGAAAGUGCUUUUGUUUAAAGUAGCCAAAAUUUAAAGCAAGAAUGAACCCUUUUACUCCAGAGAUCUGAUUUUUUAUUCUCCCCUCUAGCUGCUGCACCUGUCCUUGCUAAUUAGUUCUGAGAAUUUAAUGUUUGAUCAAUUAGUAUUGUUGGUUGAUAAGUUUGAUUAUUCUCAUAACCUGUUUGCUGGAUAAUAUAUGGAUAAUGUGCCUUAGGGAGAAGUUACAUGUGGAUUAAUUUAAUCCAACAGUCUGAGGAGGUCGCCCCCAGAAGAUAAAAAACUCCCUAGAUGGCAUCCUUCAAGGAGGAGGUCGCCACCUGUUCCUCGAAGAAGAAGGGAAAGGAGCAGGAGUUUAUCACGUUCUAGAAGUGGCAGUAGGAGUAGAAGUAGGAGUAGAAGCAGAAGUAGGAGUGUUAGUCCUGAUAGCAAGACAAGGACAAAAGCAUUUGAUCCUAAACGACUUGGAAAGAAAUUGCCCAAAACUAAAGGAAAGGGAGGAAAACCUCAAAAAGGGAAGAAGAAUGCUAAAGGGUGAGUAGUAAUAAGCGAAUCCAAUUGUUUUUUCAUUUCGCACUCCUGACUCCUGUGUACAAUGUAUAGUCCUGCCACCAUAAUAAACAGGACUGCCUUGCACUUUUGUUAAAUUGUUUUGAUCCAAGUCAAAGUGUAUAUGCUUGGCAGUUCAUGAGAACCGUUUGUAUUUGUUUGUUGCAGGCCACAAAUAGCAAAUUACAAUGCAACUGCUGACCCAAAAGCUCAGGAAAAGAUACAGAAACGUGCAGAGAGAUUCAAGUCAACUUUAGCCCCUCAAAGGCCCAUGGCAACUAGUAUUUUAAACACCAUCCAUUCUUUGGUAAGAGUUGCCUUACAUUCCUUUAGUAAAAUAUCAUAAAGCAUAUGUAUAGUGCAGCUCAAAGAUAAAAGAAGCAAAAUAUUUGUGUAAAAAGUGCCUGGUUAGUGUAGAGGACCAAACACAUACUAGUCUUGCCAGACAAGCAUACAUGACUACUCUCAAGUGCAUUUGAGUAAUUGGUGCUAGCUGAUUGUUCUCUUUGUUGUGAAACAGUCUUUAUUUAUUUCAAUAGGUAUUGUAUCUGUAGUCAAAACUGGUGGUUAAAGUGCACCAAAUGUCUGUUGAUCAUCUUGAGUUUCUUCUGGCUAUGUUUGUUUGUUCAUCACUAUGGUCCUGUUAACUACACACAGUUUUUACUGGUCAGCAAAUUUUCAUAAAGGUUUGCUUGCCAAGAAAUGGUGCAGUACCAUAGGGUGCAACAUACUUUAAAGGAGAAAGGAUGUCUUUAAAAACAUAUUAUUUUGUGCCUAACAACAUCUAAGAACCUAUAUCCUCAGUGUUCUCUCUGUAUACAUGAAUGGCUUUUCCUUGUUUGGCUAUGAUCUAUAUGUUCAUUGGUUCAAUUGUGCUUACCAAUAGGGUUUGUUUUUUAUUCAUUUGUCUUUCUAAUUUUAGUCAUUUGGUGAAGAUGGUGAAGAAAUGGAUUGGAGCAAAUAUCAUGUAGUUGGAACAUGUGAAGACUUAGAAAAACCCUACCUCAGGCUUACUUCAGUGAGUUUUAUUAAACAUUUAAGUGCACCCUUCAAUUCUACAGUUGUCUCUUUGUUCUGAAUUUUCAUCAACCCUUUUAAAAAAAUUGUUAGGUUGAAGGCUGUGUGGAAAUAAUUCUUUAACUUACAUUCAGUUGAGUAAACAUAAAAUUUGAUAAUAGUGUAACCCUAUAAUAAACAUUACCUAUUUUGCACAAUUGUGCAUUGAUAGAAAUGUCUGGAACUCAUCUAGGGAUUGAAACACUUUCACAUUUACCUGUCUGUUAGAGUCAUGUUUGGAACUAUGGCAGUCAAACUGCAGUUGCAAUUUAUAACCAUUGUGCUAGUUUGCACUCCUGUGCAUGUCAUGUGAAACUUUAUGCCAAUAUAAUACAUGUCAUACCUCUUUGAAUUGUUUUCAGCUGAAAUUAUGGGUACAUAUAUGAAUAUUCUUAGUGGCCUGGAGUCUUUGAAAUCACACUUUACAUGCCGUUUCUUAAUAGGCACCAGACCCGUCCACUGUUCGUCCAGUUGAGGUACUGGGCAAAUCUAUGGAAAUGAUCAAAAACCGUUGGAAAGAAAAGCAAGACUACACUUAUGUUUGUGAGCAACUUAAGUCUGUCCGUCAGGAUCUCACUGUAAGUACAUUGAAUAUGUGUUUUGAUUUGAAAUACAGUCCAGAGAGGGUGACUGUGAAAUUUUCUGUGAUAGGUGCAAGGGAUUAGAGAUGCUUUCACUGUACAAGUCUAUGAAACUCAUGCCAGGAUAGCCCUAGAGAAGGUAAGAACUUGCUACAAGGAAAAAUUCAUUGUAAAUAACUAACACAUUCUGUUAACAUGAAAUUGACCAGUUUCAUAGGUUUACAUUCAAUGGGAAGCUUUCUGAUACAAAAACUGUUCUGAUAAAUUGUUUUUGCUAAUAUCACUUGAACUUCUGUGAAGUUAAUUGUUCAAGAUAAGGGACAGGAAGAAUUACAUACAGUAAUGUUAUUGACAGAUGCAGUCGUAAUAUUUUUGAUUAAAGGUAACAUUUAACAUUUAUUGCAGGCCAAUGCCAAUUCAUGUUAUUCAGGUGAUAACUAUCAUUUUCGACCUUUCAGGGAGACAGAGAGGAGUUCAACCAGUGUCAGACACAGCUGAAAGCCUUGUAUGCUGAAAAUUUGCCGGGAAAUGUUGUAGAGUUUACUGCCUAUAGACUGCUUUAUUAUAUUCUCACAAAAAAUACAUUGGGUAUCCUUGAUUUCACGUAUAGUCUUAUUUCAUAUAUACAGUCUCAAUUGUGGUGUUUGUUGACUGAGUGGCUUGCUCUGGGGUGUCUUGUGUACAUAGAAGCAAAAGGUGGCAUUGUAAGCUUGCACUUGUUCACCAAGCUACUGUCUGUGACUUGAAUUUAAGGGGGCAUGGGAGAGUGGGAAAGGAGAGGCAAGAUGGCCUCCACACAUUCUUUCACCACAAUUUCAAGGCUAGUAUUUUGAAUCUUGAAGUUCGUUCUCAAGAUGCAAAAAUCCCGUUUUCUUCAGAGUUGUGUCCAGUUGAAGGUGCAACUUCAGUUAGUUUAUAUGCAUAUAAUCAGACUUCUAACCGGCUAUGAUUCAAGACUCAAGAACAAAGGAAAAGGCUUUAUACUUAGUGUUAACGGAAAGCAAAUGAUCCUAGGGUAUUUUUAUGUUUCUUUCUGCAACAAUUUUGUUAUACCUACAAGUAAACUGAUUGCAGUGACGUCUUCCUUGACUGUAGGUCUCAGAUCUGACAACAGCCUUGGCUCAUUUGACAAAAGAAGAGAAAGCGGACCCGGCAAUAAAACACGCAUUAUUAAUACGUUCAGCUUGGGCUUUGUCUAAUUAUCACACUUUUUUCCAGCUCUACUUGAAUGCACCCAACAUGUCAGGCUAUCUAUUAGAUCUCUUUGUACAGCGCGAGAGAGUCCAAGCUCUGAGGGCCAUGAUCAAAUCGUGGGUUGUUUUUGUGUGUUAUUUUCUGGGAAAAUGGCGAUCUGUUCAUUGGUUAAUUUUGAAUUUUAAAAUGCACUAUUUGUUUCUUAAGAAAAACCUAUUUUCAAUUAAGGUGAAAUUGGUCAUUUCCACUGGCUGCUGUUCUAGUGUAAUUUGUAAGGAAAGGCAAAAAUGAACCGAUCGUCAAUCUCAUUUCCCAGAUAUUUUAGAGCAUUUUUUUCUGACUUUGCCGAUACUCGAGCUGAUGUUUUCCACAUUCAAUUUGUGUUCAAACCUCCACACAUUGUCCCUCUGAUUUGUUAACUUGAGGAGAAUUGUGUUUGCCCCUUUUUUUCUAGUGUUGUGGUCUAAGUCAUAAAAACAUGCCCUAAGAUGAUGCAUGAUAUACGAUUGUUUGUGUGUAUUGUAGUAGUGUCAUCGUUGUUUCUGCGGUUACCUUUUUAGUCAUGUUUGUGCCUUCGGACCUAAAUUCGAAGGAUUAUUGUAUGUAGCUAUGAGUUCAAUAUUUUCCUGUGCAAGGCCCAGGUGUCAUUAGGGUGUAAAACAUUAGUAAUGCUAAACCUUCACAAACUUUCAUCGCACUGUGGUCAUGUGAUUUCCCAAAAUUUUCCCACUGUGCUUACAUCUUUUUGGCCUUCUUGCAAAGAGUAGCAUUUACCUAUUUUCUUGGAGGGUAUUUCCUUCGAUCCUAUCGUUUACACUUAUAUUAAAGCGCAUUUUUCUUGCGUGCGUUAUACUUUGUCCUGUCAAAAAAAAAGACGUGUAUUGGAGGAAUUAUCCAUGGAAUUAGUGGGAUGUGAAAGUUGGCACUGUGAGAAAUUGCCGUAUUUUGUAUGGAAAUGCUGUAAAGCAUGGACAUUUCAUGGUUUUAGUUGUUGAAAUGAUGUUCUAACUUGUUAUUUUAAUUUCUUUACUCCCUUGUGCUUUCCUACUCCUGUCUCCUGCUGUGCUGUGUGUGCCGCAGAUACCGUCCCACUAUACCUGCCUCCUUCGUUGAAUCCGAGUUAGGUUUCACUGAAGAUGGGCAGUGUCUCAAGUUCUUACAAGAUCUAGGCGUUAUCUUCACCGCAGAUGAUACCAAGAUCGACUGCAAGCUCUCCCAGGGAGUCCUGACAGCGAGCUGA